AUUUGUCGAAAUAUGAUUGGACGACAGAUUCCCACAAUACGUCAUGCAAGAUGUCUGCGCCCAUGAGGGCAUGCGGAAUUUUGGAAACUGAUAACGAGCAGACGACAAAUACCCACGUUACAAACCAUGUUAUUGAGUUUUGAGUGAAAUUAUACUAUUUUCCCGAGGCAUUUUGAAACAAGAAGACAACACCAUGUCUCUCUUCGCUGUCAGCAGGUUCAUGGGAGAUGAAGGUGAUGAAGAAGAACAUGAAACAACAGACAAAGCCCAGGACAUUCUAGCCCGACUCCAGGCACAGGCAGAGGCAAGACAGCGGAAUAAAGCAUUAGAGGAUGACAAUGUCAGUGCUAAGGGAAAACGGAAACACAGAGAUAGUGAAACACAACAAGAAGACGAUGUGGUGAAAAAAAAGAAGAAGAAGAAAAGGGAUAAAGAUACGGAUCAUUCUGAGCAUGAUAUUCUUGAUGAAACAGACUCAACAUCAAAACAUAAAAAGAAAAAGAAGAAAAGUAAAGAAUUAUCAGAUGAUGACAAUGAUGACAAGCUACACAUAACAAGGAAACACAAAAAGAAAAGGAAAAGAUCGAGUAAGGAAGAGAAGGGUAGUGAUUCUGAUGUGUCAGUGAGUAAUCUAGAGGGUGAAACAAAUAAGGAUAAGACUACAGUUGAGGAGGAGGCAGCGGCUACAGAUGGAGAAGAUGAGGAGCAAGACAAGAUGGAAGCUGAUCCUGUUACCAUGGUGACAUUGGGGGAAGGAGGGCAGGAAAUUGGAGGAUUCACUGUACUUGGAGAUUUCAAGAAGAAAGAGAAAGAGCAAGUACUGCGAGUAUUGCCUGAUUGGCUGGCUAGUCCCGAUGUCAUCAGUGCAGACUUGAGACACAAACGUCUUCCUAUCAACGAGAUGGUUGGCUUAGAUCCACUCCUGGUGGAGAGGCUUGCUGAGAACAAAAUAUCCCAUUUCUUCCCAGUGCAGAUGCAGGUCAUUCCUCAAGUCCUCAAGGUCAUCAAGCAUGGCUGGCUGGUUGGGUCAGGUGGAUAUCGACCUAAUGACAUUUGUGUGUCAGCACCAACAGGAAGCGGGAAGACACUGGCUUUUGUACUCCCCAUUGUGCAGGCCCUGAAACCAAGAGUGGUCCGCAGAGUACGGGCUGUGGUGGUGCUGCCGGUGAAGGAUCUGGCUGUCCAGGUCUACAAGGUGUUCCUGGCCUAUGUCCAUGGCACAGAGCUCAAGGUGGGGCUAGCUGUUGGUCAGAAGACUCUUGUCAGUGAACAACAGACUCUUGUCAUGAAAAAAUUGCGUGGUCACAUAAGCUUAGUGGAUAUCGUCGUGGCAACACCAGGACGACUUGUGGACCACAUCACAAACACAGAAGGCUUUGAUCUUUCUCAGCUGAGAUUUUUGGUUAUAGAUGAGGCUGACCGAAUGAUGGACGAAAUAAAGCAGGACUGGUUAAGCAUACUAGAGGGUGCUGUCUACCACCAAGAUGGCUGUCAACAAGGCUCUAGCUCCAGGGAAAUCCCAGGACCUCUGACAGUUGCAAAUUGUUCAAGACUGCAGAUUCCUCUGCAGAAGUUGUUGUUUUCCGCGACGUUGUCCCAAAACCCGGAGAAGCUGCAACACUUAAAACUGUUCCAGCCUCGAUUGUUUACCUCUGUUGUCAAGGUGACACUGGAUGAGGAGAAGAGGGUUGGUCGAGCUCUUACAGGGGGUGGAGAACAGGAUAGAGAUGAGAACGAGACCUCAGACAUGGCAGCCCCCAGAGGAGAGUUUAUUGGCAAGUUCACCACACCCAUGGGAUUGACAGAGUAUUACCUGCGUGUGUCAGGGGCAGAGAAGCCUCUUGUCAUCCUCCACUUCCUACACCAGCUCAAGUUCCGCCAUGUGCUCUGCUUCACCAACUCCCGGGAAGCCACACACAGGUUGUACCUGCUGGUGAAGGAGUUUGGCGGUGUGCGGGUACAGGAAUACUCCUCCAGUCUCUCUGCCAACAAGAGGAACAGGAUGAUCAAUGACUUCUCCGCCAACAAGGUGGACCUACUAAUCUGCUCCGAUGCGAUGGCUCGUGGUAUGGAUGUAGAGAAUGUCAAGUAUGUCAUCUCAUACGACACCACGACCCACAUCAAGACAUACAUCCACCGUGUUGGUCGGACAGCUCGGGCCGGCAAAGUGGGAACAGCCUUGACCUUCCUGGAGAAUAAGGAGGUGUAUCACUUCAAAAAGAUGGUGCAGGAAGCAGGAAAGACCAGCAUCAAGGAGAUGGAGAUAGACAAAGAGGCAUUAUCACCCCUGGUUCCACAAUUCCAGGUGGCGUUGAAGCAACUGCCACAACUUCUUAUGGAAGAGAAAAGAAAGAAGAAACAGAAAGGCUGAGCAAGACUGAGAAUAAAUCAAUGGUGACAAGUUUCCUGUGCCACAGUCAUGACAGUAUGAUGUACUGAUAACAUAAAUCACAUGACAUGAACAUAGUUUAACAGUAGUAUGUGGACCUAAACUAAAUGUCUUCACAAAAAACAUCAGACCAUCAUCAUGAUAGACCAUAUGUUUAAAAAUAUUUACUACUAAUUACUGAUAUGCCAGGAUAAGUUGGGUUGUGAUCUGACAAUUAACCCUGUAUGACUGUAUUAUGUCGGCUGGCGCAUACCAUUGUAAAGAAAGGGGUAGCAGGUGGUCCGCAACAAGUAUUUCGAUGGAUAUGUUAGUGUGCUGUCUUGGCUAACAAGUUGUGACACUGACCUCUUAAUUGUCUUGUGACCAACAUAGUCAAUGUCACUGUCAUAACUUGCAAGUGCACAACAUGCGUAGACCCUCCCUACCUGCAACAAAGCAAAUAUGUUUGCCCAAAUUCUGUGCACAGCCUACUUAUCUCCAAUACAUUUUGUGAGGUGGUUCAACUUAUCCUGGAUUACCAGUAGAACCUGAAGGAUAGGCAACUCAAUUGUAAGCAGUUGAAAGUUCAGUGAACAAUGGUGUAGGAAAUAAAACUGAAUUCCUUAAUUGGACUGCCUCAACAUGUUUCACUAAGGCGUCCUGAUACUUAACACUGCCCUCCCAUUUGUCUACCUUUCUUACGGUAAGUGGAAUGGAAUUGCUGAUCAGAGAGACUUAGAUGAGCUUAUAUCAUGUCGGCUGCGCACACCAUUAACCACGGGUGGAUUGAUAUGUAUCUCCUCUCCAUUGUAUAAAACUGAAGACAUCUCUGCCCUUAAAACAAAAGGAAGUUCACAUCCAAGACAGAAAUGUCAGUCUAAACACUCAACAAAAAACAGUCUUAUAAAACAUGUCUUUAUGUUCAUACAAACAUUGGUUGUCAUGAUUGUAUUUAAAAUGGCAGCUUCAUAUAGUUUCAUCUCUGCAUUUCAAUCUGUAGUACAUAAUACAAUGAGUUUGUAUUAUAAACCUUCAUCUCUCAUUAUACAAAUGCAAAGUACGAAAUCGUUUUCUACAUUUGAUGUAAAUAUCUUGUUUCGUUUGUACAUAACAAUUUGCAUAUAAAUAUUAAAAGGUAUAGCUUGCAAUAUAAUGUUUUUGUUGUGUUUGAAACCUACUUGAUUAGAUAUAUAAUAUUUCAGUAUUUUGUUUCAUAUUAAAUUUUGUGAUUUGUUUUUUCAAUAUGAGACAUAACUCACCCUUACCUAGGAGAAGUACCUUUACCAGUUUGGUGAAACCCAUGGACACA